GCGCUGUUCGUGACGUCAUAUCGAGGUGACAUUAGCGAUGUAGGGAGCGAUCACAUUUAAGUGCAGGAGACUGAAGUUUUUAUUCAUUAUAAUUAUUAAACAUGGCUGAUUAUUGGAAAUCACAACCGAAGAAGUUUUGUCAGUACUGUAAGUGUUGGAUCGCAGAUAACAAACCCUGCAUCGAGUUUCACGAGCGAGGGAAGAAUCACAAGGAAAAUGUCGCGGCCAAAAUCGAGGAGAUUAAGAAAAAGAGCGUCGCUAAAGCCAAACAGGAGAAGAAGAUGUCGAAGGAGUUUGCGGCGAUGGAAGAAGCUGCACAGAAAGCUUAUGAAGAAGAUCUGAAGAGACUCACAGGAACAGGUGAAAGUUUGUCUCCAGCUCCAGCUCCUGCUCCAGCUCGACCACAGACAAAAUCCAAAAAAUUUGAAGUUAAAGGUAAAAUGAAAGUGAAAGAGAGCAGAAAGAUUCAAACGGGAAGCAUCUGGGUGGAAGGAAGAACAGAUGAUGGACAAAUAUAUUAUUACAACACCAUCACAGGAGAGUCUCAGUGGGAGAACCCAGACGUGUUUCAGGGUGGAAGCACAUCAUCCUCAUCUUCAUCACCGUCAUCAUCAUUAUUACUACCACCGGGCACAGGCGAGAUGCAGGUUAUCUCGGGCGGUGGAUGGAUGGAAGCUGUGAGCCCUGACGGGUACACGUACUACUACAACACACAGACGGGCGAAUCCAGCUGGGAUAAACCUCAUGACCUCAACACACAGGACAGAUCUUCUCAUGAGGAGACGCAGGAAGAAGCUCCUCCUCCUCAGCCCGAGUCUCCCUCUGAAAGUGAUGCUGCUCCUCCUCAGCCCGACUCUCUCUGUGGAGGAGAAGAGACCUCUGAAUCUCCUAAAGAAACAAAAGAAGAACCAGCGGACGCAAAACAAACCAAAGUCCCAAAGAUCAGCUUCAGGAAACGAAAGGAAGAGCCGGACCAAACAUCAGGGGAUGACGGAGGACAGAAAGUGAGUGAUGAAGAAAAACCCCAGGAGAAGAAAGAGGAGGUGACGUCCGCUCCUGCUGCAGUCGAAGUCAAAGUGACUCCAGCAAAGAAACCCAGAAAGAUAAAUCCAUAUGGAGCCUGGGAACAAAUCCAGCCUGAGGAUGAUCCCUAUGAGAAAGUGGAUUUGCAGCUGCCGCACACGGCGACCGCAGUCACUGCGCCGGCCGCACCGGACCUCGCACCUGAGCCACGGCCUAAAUUUAAGGAGCGCACCAUCACUUCACUGGGUCAGGGUGAGGAAGGCAACGCUGGAGGAGAGACGUUCAAGAAGAGAAAGACUGAGAAUGGAAAAUCAAGGAGUCUUCGACAGAGAGAUGAUGACGACUAGAGUUUAAUACAGCAGUGUUUGUCUCUCAAAACAUUUAUUCACAUCAUCUUUACGAUCACUGGGCAGCAGAUUUCUUUAUGUGUGAUGUUUGUUUUAUAAAUUGUUGUUAGGUCACCAUCAAAAUGAUUUUUUUUACAGAAGUCAGAUUUGGAUACGAUCAUAAAUGUUUGAAAAUCUUUG